UUGUGUGACAAUCGCCUCGGAGCUGAAAGGCCCAAACCUUGGCUAAUCAAUAAAGUUGAGGCGAGUGGGGCACAAAACUGGGAAAUGGUUCACUAGAAAUGAAACUUUCUCCCUUCAUUGUAGUAUUGAUUAUGAUUUUCGAAGCCGUCGGUGGCUACGGCAAAUGUCCAUUGGGUAGGCAGUGGAACCCAAUGACAAAAAAGUGUAUAAAAUAUUACUUCGGCUCAUACAUUAAUAACUAUAAAAAAGGUGAGGCGAGACUAUUAAAAGUAAUGACAACUAAUUUCUGGGUUAAGCCAGGAAUAAACCCACAAAAGCAUAAACAUAAUUUAUAACAUUUGCAGAAAUAAAAGGAUUUCCAGACAAAUAAAGAGGAGACAAAAAAUGU